UCUUAUUGCAGAGAUCGCUGUGCUAAAUUUUUUGACAGCCAUCAACAAUGAGUUCGAUUGGAACUGGGUACGAUUUGUCAGCAUCUCAGUUUUCUCCUGAUGGCAGAGUAUUCCAAGUUGAGUAUGCCCAAAAAGCAGUGGAGAACAGUGGAACUGCAAUUGCUAUGUGCGGCAAAGAUGGUGUUGUAUUUGCGGUUGAGAAACUUGUGACCUCUAAGCUUUAUGAAGCCGGUGCGAACCGAAGAAUUUUCCACGUUGGCGAGCACGUUGGAAUCGCCAUUGCCGGUUUGUUGGCGGAUGCUCGUCAGCUUGUUGAAACAGCUCGAAAGGAAACCGCCGAUUUCAAGUCCAAUUAUGGAACCGUCAUUCCACUUCGAUACCUUACUGAUCGCGUGGCUAUGUAUAUGCAUGCCUACACGCUUUACUCAGCCGUUCGGCCGUACGGUGCCGGUCUAAUGCUGGGAUCUGUGGAACCUGAUGGGCCGAAGCUGUAUGUUGUCGAUCCAUCUGGUGUCUAUCAUGGUUAUACUGGAUGCGCAAUGGGAAAAGCUAAACAGUCUGCAAAAACUGAGCUCGAGAAGCUCAAAAUAGGAGACAUGUUCUGCAAGGAACUCGUGAAAGAAGCUGCAAAAAUUAUUUAUGUUGUCCACGACGAAGUGAAGGACAAGGCCUUCGAACUCGAACUCAGCUGGGUCACUGAAGGUACGGGAGGAAAGCAUGAACUAGUCCCCCCAGAAGUUUACAAAUCCGCCGAACAUUACGCGAAGAGUUCGUUGGAAGAAUCAGAUUCCGAUGAGGAAAUGUGAACAUAAUAGCGGAUUGCCUUUUCUUCAUGAAUGUUUUGCUUCUUCUCGCGGCUCGUUUUUGGUGAAUCAAACUGAUUUUCUCCAGCCAA